CACCAUUCCGCCGUUUUUAUUUUAAUUUCCUACCAAUACUCUUCCUAUGAGCGACAAGGAUGCCUUUUUCCUUUCGGCGGUCGGCCAGCUGCCGCGCGACCAGUAUCCAGCGACAAACGCGGUAAACGCGGUGUUUCGCCGGCUCGACAAGGUGGUUUUGCAGAGCCUGCCGCCGCACCUCCACCCGCUUUUUGUUAAGCUGCACUGCUUCUGCACACGCCGCACUCUGGCCCUGGAGAAGCGCCUGCGUCUGAACCCGACCUUCCGGCUCCUGCUGAGCGUGCGGAUAGUGCCGCCCGAGUUUGCAUUCAUGGCAGCAGCAGCCUCAACAGUCUAUGCCCUCCGCUACAUGUACAUACACGCGCUGGACCUUUUGACAAACAUUGUCGGGAUUGCAUACCCAACAUACCAGUCAAUCCUAGCCAUCGAGUACGGCGACAUGAUGCAAGCAGCGUCGAAGGGAGAGCUGGAUAUGGCGAUGGGCGAGACAGGGCCGAAUCUCGACAAGAAGCAGUGGCUGAUGUACUGGGCCAUAUACGGCGUAUUGACGACGGCAGACCACUGGGCUGGACCGAUUCUGAAGCUGUUUCCGUUCUAUCGUGUGGCAAAGAUUGCAGUGCUCUUGUGGGCGCAGCACCACAAGUACAAUGGCGCGACGUGGCUGUAUGACACGUUCGUUAAGCCACUGUUGCCGCCAGCCAUUCCUGCCACACUGUCCCAGAACUACACAAAAGCACACCAGCAGAGGCAGCGGAGGCAGGAGACUGAGCAGCAGAUGAGCAUUGGCGAUGUGGAGGGCAGACAUAUGGAGCGAGAGGAGGAAGAGAAGGAUAAGGAAGAAGAGGAUGAGGAUGAGCACAUAGUUGAGAGCGUGCCGCAGGCGAUGACAUUUUCGACACUACUGAUGCCGUCUGUGUGGGAGUCACAACAGCAGCAUCAUCAUCCUCACUAUCCUCAAGAGCAGCAGACUGACAAGUCAGCAGCAUCUAGCACACCGUCGUUGCUCGCCGUGGCAGGACCCACCCGGGCAUAAUGCAAACACCGUUUGAACUCAGUAUUUUUUUAGUAUCGUUGGAAUGUAAUGGCGAU